AUGAUUAGAUUCUCAUUGUAGAAAGGAUAACAAAUAUUGAGAAAACAAUUAUCAGCCUUCUCAACACAAUAGAGUCUCAUAGAAAUAUUCAUUGAUGAUGUUCCACACAAAGUUGAUCCAUCGGCAACAAUAUUUUAAGCAUGUUAUUCAGCAGGUGUAAUUAUUCCAAGAUUUUGCUAUCAUGAAAGAUUGGCUGUAGCAGGAAAUUGCAGAAUGUGUUUGGUAGAGGUCGAGAAAUCACCUAAACCUGUUGCAGCAUGUGCAGCAUAAGUAGCACCUGGAAUGAGAAUACUUACAAAAAGUGAAAAGACCAGAAUAGCAAGAGGAGGUGUUAUGGAAUUCAUGUUGGCAAAUCAUCCAUUAGAUUGUCCCAUCUGUGAUCAAGGAGGCGAAUGCGAUUUAUAAGAUAUCUCUGAACAAUACGGAUAUGGAGAUAGCAGACAUAACGAAUACAAGAGAGCUGUAGAGGAUAAGAAUUUCGGUCCUCUUGUAGCUACUAGUAUGAAUAGAUGCAUUCAUUGCACAAGAUGCAUCAGAUUUUCUGAUGAAUAUGCAGGUGUAACUGAAUUAGGAACUAGUGGAAGAGGAAGAAAUACUGAAAUUGGUACAUACAUUGACAAAAUGAUCACUAGUGAAUUAUAAGGAAAUCUCGUUGAUGUCUGUCCAGUUGGUGCUUUAACCAAUGGACCAUAUGCAUUCACAUCCAGACCUUGGGAAUUAAAGUCCUAUGAUUCUGUUGAUGUUUUUGAUACUAUCCUUCCACUUAUUCAAAUUGACACCAGAGGAGCUGAAAUUAUGAGAGUGUUACCAAGAAUUCAUGAGGAAGUCAAUGAGGAAUGGUUAAAUGAUAAAUCAAGACAAGCCUUUGAUGGAUUGAAAAAACAAAGAUUAACUCUACCAUUAGCUAGAGAUGCUUAAGGCAACUUCACUGAUUUGUAUUGGCCAGAUGCUAUUCAAUAAGCAGCUAAGAAAUUAUAAUCAGUUAAAGGAGAAGAAAUUGUAGGAGUCAUUGGAGAAUUUGCAGACUGCGAAUCUAUUGUAGCCUUAAAAGAUUUAUUGAAUAAAUUUGAUAGUGAUAAUUUUGAAAUUAGAGGAGUUGGUGUGCCAUAAUUAGAUGCUGAUUUUAGAGCCAAUUACUUACUAAAUUCAAGAAUCACAGGCAUUGAAGAGGCAGAUGUUCUUUUAUUAGUAGGUACUAACCCAAAGGUAGAAUCCCCUUUAUUGAAUUCAAGAAUCUUAAGAGCCACAAGAAAAAACAAUCUCAAAGUAUUUGUGAUUGGACCAGCCAAUGACUUAACUUAUAAUUAUGUUCAUUUAGGAAAUAAUGCCUCAAUUCUUGAUGAAAUUGCUAAUGGCACACAUCCUUUUGCAGCAAGACUCAAAAAUGCAAAAUUACCUAUGAUAUUAACAGGAGCAGGUGUUCUAGAGAGAGUUGAUGGAAAUGCAAUUCAUAAUGCUUUAAAAAAGAUUGCCUAAAAUUCACCAGUAAUCAAUCCAUAAUUGGGAUGGAAUGGAUUCAAUCUUUUACAUAAGGAUGUUGGAAGAAUUAAUGCUCUUGAGUUAGGUAUUACAGCAAGGAAGAGUAGUGUCCCUGCUAAAGUUGUGAUUCUCUUGGGAGUUGAUAACAAUCUAAGAGCUCAUGAUAUCCCUAAGGAUGCGUAUGUAAUCUAUAUCGGCAGCCAUGGAGAUGAAGGUGCUUAUUAUGCAGAUCUCAUAUUACCAGGAGCUACAUAUACAGAAAAGAAUGGAACUUAUGUCUCAACAGAAGGGAGAGUACAAACUACAAAAUUAGUGGCUUUACCUCCAUCUGGAGCUAAAUCAGAUUGGGAAAUAUUGAGAGCACUAUCUGAGGAAUGUGGAUGCGCUUUGCCUUAUGAUACCUUGGAAGAGGUUAGAUAUAGAAUGGCUGAACUGGCUCCUCAUUUAUUAAAAUAUGACUAUAUCGAAUCAAGUGUGCUUGGAUAAGUUGCUUUGAAACCUGAAUCUUCAAAACAAACUAUUUCAGCCACUCCAUUCAAGGAUCUUAUUGAUGUAAGUAACUUCUAUAUGACUGAUGCCAUUUCUAGAUAAUCAGUUACUAUGGCAAAAUGCUCAACGGCUUUUAAUCCUCACAAGUUUAGCACAUUUAAAUAAUUAUGAAUAAUAUUCAUAAUCUAUAAAAUUUAUAGAAAUAACAUA